UGUGUGUAGAUAUUGGGAGAUCAUCAAGGAGUAGGGGAGUUGCUGGUGAAGAUGGGGAAUCCAGAAGCCGAAGUGUAUUUUGUGUUCUUGAACUUUGAUCCUGAGUACGAGCGCCUGCGAGCGAAUCAGUCGACGAAAGGUUCAUCGGAGCUCGACGCUUAUCUGAGCAACAAGCACGACCAGCUGCUAGCGAAGCUGCUCCAACCAAACACUUACAACAAGAGAUCUUCUUUGGCUAUUGUUGAUGGCUUCGCCGUGGAAAUUACUGAAAAGCAGGCAGCUAUCCUAAGAUCAGCCAAAGAAGUGAGGGUGGUUGAGAAGAACCAAGAGCUUGCUUGAUCCAUGAAAUGUAAUAUGUGUGUGCUCGGUGUUAACAAGUUUAGAAGGAGGUAACAUGAUAUGGUCAUGUAUUAUAACAGUCGUCCUGGGAGUUGGCUGGGUGUUGCAGGGGGAAAACUUAUAAUAUCCAUGUCUAGUAGUGCGACUUUAUGGCUCUUGCAGCCAUGGGUCUAGUCUUUUUUCUUUUUUUUAUAGAAGAUAAGCCAAGGGUUAAGUCAAGGUUUAGAAACUCUCAAACCUCCUAGAGUAGGAUCUAGGGAAAGGCUUUAUUAAAGUCUUCAUCUGACUUCAUUUUAAGGCAAUUGGUGUUUGACGACUCCAAAUGCUUCGGUUGAUUUAUUGUUAUUACUUCUUUUGUGUUAAACUCGAGUUUCUAUU